AUGACAAAUUAUUCAUCAACUAUUGAACCAAAUUUUAAGAAAUUCAUUACAUCAUUCUACAAAGCGUCAGAUACUCCUCCAUCUACACCAGAUGCUUAUCUUGAAUAUUUUACUACUGAGAGUCCAUUAAUUAUGGGGUUAACUAAAGUUAAAGGACAUGAAGAAAUCACUCAAUUAAGAAAAUCAAUGUGGGAAAAAGUUUCUACUAGAAAUCAUGUUGUUGAAAAUGUAGCUGAGAUUUCCACCAAUGAUGUAUUGAUUAAUGGAUAUGUAGAUUAUUUAUUAAAAGAUGGAAAUAAAGCAACCACUGAAUGGGCAGCUCAUAUGAAGGUUGUUCAAUUAGAUAAUGGCAAUUAUAAAAUGGAGUUCUAUCAAGUGUAUUUAACUAAGUAA